UGAGCUGCUCAGGAGGUACACAGCUCCUAUGUGCCUCAGGAACUCUGCCAACACGCAGCAGCUCUCAGUGCUCUCAUAGGGAAUAACAGGACUCUACUGCGCGAAGAGGAUCUGCUCCCAAAUAUCCAAUCAACAGGAUACUAACUGAAAGGGGUGAGCAAGGUUGUGUCUGAGACUUUGAAGCUCUGCUCUCUGUAGUCGUCUGAAAGUCAAACCUCAGACAGCUGAAGUGUCAGAAUGACCUGUGCUGCCAUGUUCUGGCUGCCGGCCCUAUCCCUCUCCCUCCUGCUGGUGUGUGUCAGGGACUCAGCCUCCCUCUUCCUGCCUGAUUCCAAGGAGCUCAGGCAGCUGCUGAGCCGCUACGAAGAGGAGUUGGACCACAACGGUAACAGCAACAUGGCUGUCAACAGGACCAGACGAGCCAUCCGCUGGUCGGACCGCGAGGAGAUCGUACAGCUGCACAACAAGUUAAGGGGAGGCGUCUACCCCACUGCAUCCAACAUGGAGUAUAUGGUCUGGGAUGACGAGUUGGAGCGGACUGCCACUCAAUGGGCUGAGCAGUGUCAUUGGGAUCAUGGACCUCAGGACUUGCUUGCAUCUAUUGGACAAAACCUGGCUGUGCACUGGGGAAGAUACAGGCCUCCUUCCUUCCAUGUCCAGGCCUGGUACGAUGAGGUGAAAGACUACACAUACCCCUACCCCCAUGAGUGCAACCCCUGGUGUCCAGAACGCUGCUCAGGGCCUAUGUGCACCCAUUACACCCAGCUGGUCUGGGCAACCACAAACCGAGUGGGCUGUGCCGUGCACACGUGUCCGAGGAUGGAUGUGUGGGGAGAAGUAUGGGAGAACGCCAUUUACCUUGUGUGCAAUUAUUCCCCAAAAGGCAACUGGAUCGGUGAGGCUCCAUACCAGCAUGGACGCCCUUGUUCCCAGUGUCCCCCCAGCUAUGGAGGAGGGUGUAGGAAUAACCUGUGCUACAAAGACACAGGGCGCUCAGAGACAGAAGAUAUGAACGAGGUGGAGAAGCCUCAGGUUCCACUGCCGCCUCGUACCACUGCCAAACCUGCCCCUAAACCUAAACCAUCUCCUCCGAAGAAACCAGCAUCCAAACCCUCCACUCCUAAACCCAGCACACCCAGGGUCCCACCUUCAAAGACUCCUGGCAGCACCUUUCUCUCUCAGAACAUUAAGUGUGAGACAAGACUGCGAGAUAAGUGCAGAGGUGCAGCAUGCAACAGAUACAAGUGCCCGGCUAAUUGUCUGAAUAAGAAAGGGAAAGUUUGGGGAACUCUUUUUUAUGACGUGCAAUCAAGUAUUUGCAGAACUGCAAUUCACUUUGGCAUCAUCGACAACAACGGAGGACUGGUCGACAUCACGAGGAUGGACAAGUUUCCAUUUUUUGUUAAAGCCACAAAGAAUGGUGUGGAGUCCCUUAGCAAAUACAAACCCGGCAAUGCCUUUGUGGUGGCCAAAGUGGAAGAAAUGAAUGCUGACUGCUACACAACAGUAGCUGAAAUCUGCCCUUACAAAAAACCCAACACACACUGCCCAAGAAUCUUCUGUCCAGACAACUGCAAGACUCAGCCUUCUUAUUGGUCACCUGUGAUUGGACAAAACAUCUACGCAGAAAGCUCCAGUAUUUGUAAAGCAGCCAUCCAUGCAGGGGUAAUCAAACCAGAUGGUGGUUUUGUGGAUGUUCUUCCACUUGACAAAAGAAAGAACUAUGUUGGAAUCCUGAAAAAUGGCAUCCAGUCUGAGAGUAAAAGCAACAUUGAGGGAGGAUCUUUCCGGGUUUUCACUGUGAGGGUGUGAGACUCACUACAGAGGUCCAAUGACCAACAGCGCCACCUCAGCUGCUCCUGAAGGGCAAAGCGUGCCCACAGGUUGGACACCAUGGCUGUUUAUCUGUUCUUGUGUCUUUGCCUUCAGUGGAAACAGAGAGUUCCAGCAGACUGAUCGACAAACCCCCCCUCCUCCCUUUUUGUUCAUAACUAGCAGCCAACCAGUAAAAAUUGUCUGAUACUUCGAUGGACUUCAAUUCAUUUCUGUUUUUUUUAACGCCACAUACAGUAUGGAUAUUUCUUAUACAUACUUACUUAUACUUACUUACAGACUGUUUUUUUUAAUAUAUAAUGAUACAUUACACAGCUGGUGCUGCAAAAAUACUUAUUCUACAGAAAGUAUGAUGUUUACAUUGAUGUUCUCAUUUAAAAUAUAAUUUCUAUUCAUACACAGGAAUGUAAACUGAUCACAAUUUAUUUAAUCAUUGUCUAGAAUAUUUGAUCUUUGGGUUGUUUUUAAUUGAGUCUGAUAUAUUUACAUUUUUAUGACUAUGCUGAUUUGUUAUUGCCCCUUUCUGCUCUCCUGGAUUAUCUAUGCUUUUUCCUGUUAAAGAUUUAGACUGUUACAGAUAAUCCUCCAAAUUGUAUUUAUUAGUUUUAACAUGUGCUCUUUGUAAGUGAUGAUGUAUCACCCGGAUAAAAAAGGGGAAGAAACAAUAUGUUAAUUUUGAGUAUAUAAGCAGCCGGCCCUGCUGUAGAUAGAUAUUUCUCCCCUUUAUUGGCAUACAUGUGGAGGGAAUUUAGAGAAGGAUAAGUUCAUUGUAAUGUUUGUGAUAGUUGGUGUCGAUGGGUCCUCAUACAGUUGGCAACACUGUAGAUAAAUUCAAAACAGACGGUAGAUAUGUUUAAAAUGCCAAGCAGUCAUUUUGUGAUUUUAUAUAAUUUAUCGCUUAGUGCUCUCCUCAUCUUCUCAUUGCUAUCACCUGUGUACAAUAAAUGAAAACUCUAAACCCCCCUCACCCUCGCCGCCCACCUAAGACAGAUGAAUGUGUCACAUGUUUCAGAGUUUCUGUGUAAAUACGGUCAGUGGAUGUUUUAACAAUUCCAAUCUUCUAACUGCAGUUUAUUUUAUUUUACACUAUGCAGUAGAUGCCGGUCUCACACAUGCAAUGUUUCUAACUAAACUGGAUUGAGGGACUUUUGCCAUUUUAGAGCUCUUAUUUGAAAACCUUUCUUAAAGAACGCUACAUUUUUUUGAAUUAUAGUUUUGUUAUUUUCGAUCAUUUUACACGUGUCUUGCUUAGGUAUCUUAAGUAUUACUGCAAUGUUUUGUUAGCAUCGUUAGCAUUCUCAAGAAAGCUUAUAUCAGUUGUCUGUAAAAAUCCAGUUUGUGCCUCUCAGGACUGUUGUGUCCUAAUGACGUCCUAAACAGUCUUUAAUCUCUUUAGUCUCUUUAAUUUAUCUCUCUGUUACCUGGCCUAGAAAAUAAUGUCUCAUUGAAAAUCUCUUCCUGUUACAUAACUCAACUUUAUCUUUUUACUCUACCUCAGUCCUAUCGCUAUGCUAGGCAUGUAGUUCUUUACUAUAAGGAUAUUUGUAUGGGAAAUGUUACAGGUUUUGUAAAGUCAUGGGAAAUGUAAAUACUAGGUUGUUUUAGAAUAAUCUUUUAUGCAGUACAAUAUGAUUGAAAUGUAUUAAUGUGUUUUGAUUGCCUUGUUUUUAUACAGGUGUGGAUAGGUUCCAUACUGUUUUGCACAGUUUAAAAAUAAAGUUUGAUUUACAAAUGCAAAAA